AAUUUUGCAUGCUGAGUUCAUUCUUGACAACACAAUCGACACCACAAAGUCUGCCCAAAGAGUUCAGAAUGAAGUUUACUUUGUGCUUGUGCAUUGCUUUGGCCGUUUGGUGCAUGGUGGACGCCAUGCCCCAGCAACGUUUCAACAACAACAACAACAACCGAGGUCCCAAUUACAGACACGUUGAACCAAUUUACUCCUACGGACUAGACACCAGCAACGGACAAUACGCCAAAUUCAACGGACCAGUUAAGGGAAUCCCAGCAGGUCACGGAGGAGGCCGAUUUGGAGCUGCCGAUUGUCUUCUCUGCGGUUAAUUAUAUUUUAAGAAAAGACACCAAGAUGUGGAACCCACAAGUCAGUGAUUCGUAAAUUAUGAGUUCCAGAAGACGCAAAAUGUACUGAACAACUUAAAACUAUUUUAGCAUUACAUUAUUUUUACAACUCUCGUUUUCUUCUUACACACGCUUAAUAAUUGUGUAACCUGUGUACCAUCUACUUUUGUACCUUAUCUCGGAAUACGCUAAUUAUGUAUACCCUCUAAAAUGUCUAAAGAUGACGAUUUUUUAAGAAAUUAAGUGAUUUGUACAAACAACAUACAUAUAGCGAGUCUAAUUGAUUGAGAUUUUAAUAAUAAACCAAAUCAAGUGGUACCAAUAAGAAUAUGUAUGCAAGUA